UUGUCCCAACCUAAUAUAAACCGAACCGCACCUGCCUCACAUGCGGACCAAGUGACCUGUGUCAGACGCUGGGACCCACCACCACCACCAUUUGAAAAAAGUGCCACCGUCCUUAACCUUUCCCCCGCCGUGCGUGCUUCCACUUGCCGCCGCCGCGCCUGCGCUUCACCCCUGCUAGGUUUCUUCCGUGCUCAGCACAAAACCGCGAAAAAUCCUCUGCUACUGAUUAUGGCGCAGGAGCUCGAAGAUGGAGAGUUUUGGCUCCCGUCGGAUUUUCUCACCGACGAUGACGAUGAGCUGUUGCUGGACUUCAAGCCCGACCGGUUGAAGACGAAGGCGGGCGGCGAGUUCAGCCGUGGCUAUGCGAGCUCGUUCGGUUUCAACUCGGAUCUGAGCUCGCCGGUUGACUCGGUUACUGGCUCCACCGAAACAGAGAGCGACGAGGAUGACUCGGUCUCUGUCGCCGGGCUAACUCGGAAGAUGGCUCACUCCACUUUCCUUGACUUCGAUAUGUUUUCCGAAUUCAAUCGGAAGAAUUUUAAGCUAUCGAGCUCCCCACAAUCAACCCUGUGUGCUUGCAGAAUGGAACCCGACCCGAACCGCGUCUCCCGGGUUCCUUCAUCGGCAGCUGCGGCUGCCGGAGAUAUUACUGAGGAACAAAUGAUACAAGAAACGACGCCGUUUCAAUCAACUAGUCUCUUCGCUCCGCCGCCGGGACCCGCCCAUGUUUUCGCGCAGGUGCAAAAGUUGAACACGGCAAUCUUCAAUUCAAGUUCAGCUCAGACCGAAACACAAGCUCAACUCGCAUAUCUUCAAUUGCAAGCUCUUCAAAUUGAGCAGAUGAAACAACUUCAAAUGAUGGAGCAGAGGUUUUGUGGAGAAGCAGGCAGACCUCGAGGUUUAUCCACGGCGGCUUGGCCUUCUCUGCAGCAUCAUCCUCAACCGCUCCGACAACCGCCGCCGCGGACCGCUCCCGGUUCAAGAGUGAGACCGGCUUUCCUCGGAGAAACCUGUAUGAACAAGGGAAGGUCCGGGACCGGCGUGUUUCUGCCCCGGCCAUACAUACCCAACCCGUCCGAAACUCGCAUCAAACAAGGCGGUGGUUCUGUUCUAUGGCCGGAGCUGGUGGUUGCUGCUACAAAUGCCCAUAGACAAUCGGUAAAGAGAUGAGAGCAGGGUUUAUCCGGGCCUCGGCCAGACCCGGCCCGGGCAGAUGUUCUGUUUUCAUGGGGUAUGCUAAUAGUUCUUUUGUUACUUUUUACAACGGGUGAUUAGUGGCCCGUGAUAUAUUUUAGGAGAAUGGCAUAUUAGUAAUAAAUGUAGAUUAUGAUGAUUGCGAUGGUGACGAAAUAAUAAAGUACUGUUUGGGGGCGAGAAACUGGAAACAGGGGUUUUACUUUUCGUGUGGCUCGAGGCACCAUUAAUGGCAGAAUGGCAGUUUUCUUCUCGGGUUUUGCUGGUUGCUGUUGGAAGGUUUGUGUUAGCAGUAAAAAAUAAAAUGGUGGGUUUUUUUUUAAGUAUGAUUAGACUGUAUUAGGCGGGUGAUUAAGUCGUUAAUUGCUCUCUCUGGUGUUGUGUUUAGUUUAAGGUUGAAGGUCAGGNUUUUAAAUAUAGUUUUGU